GUCAUUCACCGAGUUGCUUUGAAAAAAUAAACUGGGCGUUGGUAGCUAAUAUACGGUCCCGUUUUUGCAGCUGAGGCGAAAACCGGGCCUGUGAGGCCUCCUUGUGGAAAAAAAAAGGACGAACAAGUAACGACGUCGGCAAAAAAAAAAAAAGACCCAGUCGCCAACUACCGUCAGGAGAGCAGAACCAGUAAGCGGAGCCAAGACAAAUAGACGAAGGGGUCUUGCUUCUUAAGGGGAAGGUCGGAGGCAGGUUAUCGUCAGUGCGAGGCAACCGAUUGGUUAACUAACGCAGCCGUGCCCCGCUUAGCGCCAUUACGCACUGGCGGGUGAGGAAGCUGAUUGGUCCUUGAUGAGUCGACCCGCCUGGUCGCGAUUAAACUAAUAGCCUUUCUUGGGCGGAAGCUGAAGCCACACCAGUACCAGACUCGACCAUAAACCAAUGCCCUCUUUCGGGAGACUGUCGUCAUAUUACUAAUGAUAGUGAGAGUGGGAAGAGAGAGUCAACGGAUGCCCCGGCUCCUACGCGUCAACCCGCCUUGCCACUGUCAGUCCGAAUUGUGUGGCGCGGAUCUGAUUUGUCGGUGGCUGGAGUGUUAAGCAGCCUCAGCAGCCAAUAGCUACGUGGUGAGUUGGAGGACGCGGAUUGGUUCGUAGCUGAAAUUUUGCCGUAGUAGCCAAUAGGUGCGUCUGGAAGGUUGUAUAAAAAUGGUCGCGUUGAGGCGGAAGGUUGUGCAGUCCAGCAUUCUGUUUUUAUCUGUUCUGGGAUAGGCAUCUCUCUCACCCGGGGGGCGGGAGUAGUCGUCUCUUUUCUUUGUCUCUAGGAUGUGGUAUUAAGAUAUACGCUCCCUAGUCCAAAGGGAGAUUCAGUUUAUGUCUUGCGGGCAAGAGCUGAGGGGAACAGUUCCCCAUUUUGUUUAGCACAAUUUCAGCAGUAAAAAACAUCUCAGUAUAAAUAAAAUAAAAUAUAAGGAACCAACUUGGUGACUCAUAUAAAUUUAUUGUAUUGUUAGUAUGGUGCCAUCCAUGUUCAUAGGGCUUUGCAACAAAACAAGAAGGAGCUGAUAGGUCCCUGCCCCAAGGGGUUCACAAUCCAGAAAUAGGCAAUGACAGAAACGGGAGGGAAGCAGAGACAAGGCUUAGAUAAGCAGUUAUUUCAGGUACAUGUAUUUAGGGCUAAUUACAAUAGGGCAUUGGGAUUAGAAGGUUGUGCUAAAGUCUUAAUGGAAAGGGCGGGGUUUCAGUGCAAAAACAAAGCAAUGAUAAUUACAAACGGAGAGGAACGAUAACAACUGUGGUUGGACUGCAAGACAUCUAAGGGUCUUUCGUAUAGUGUGAGGCUUUCCCAUUCCACUCAACAACCCUCUGUUGUUGAGUGAUUAGCUACACAACGAAAUUUUAUUCUGGUAAUGUGUUGGAAGUGUCUGAAGCUCUUUGCUCAUAAACAGUGCCUGUGCAUUGAGCCUGUGAGAGAAAAUGGGGUAGCAGCUGAAAAUUAUAACAGAAUAACUACCAUCACUGCAGACUGAACUACAAUUUAGAAUUUUUGGCUUUCUAUGGCUUUUUAAACUGUGGGGAGUAUUGUUUUUGUUUGCUAUUAUGGUAUGUAUUUUUGUGUUUUUAUAUUGUCAACCACCCUGUGAUCUCUGGAUGAAGGGCGGAAUAGAAAUUUAAUAAAUAAUGAUAAUAAUUUCCCCUCUACUAUGAGCUUCCUUGGGGACAUUAGGCAAUUCACCUUUGAGGAAGAGUUGUAGCUUGGUAGUGUAAAGCACAUGCUUUGCAUGCAAAAGGUCCAGAUUCACUUUCAGUCUUUGGCAUUUCCAGGUAGGAUUUGGGGGGGGGGGUAAUUCUGGAGAGCCACUGUCAGUCCUAAAACAUAUCUCCCAUAUACAAAUCUUUUGACAAUGUGUGUGACUCUUCCUUUGACUGCCUCCCAGCUGGAAACCAGGGAAGAUAGAAUAUCAAUCCUAGGAAGACAGGGAAUCUGAGAGAUGGGAAGUAUUUCUUCUAACUUUCUUAUGUCCAUCUUUGGAGGUACCUCUACAGAAUGGUAAUUCAAUAUUCCUGACAUAGGUGCCAUCUCUAUAGGAUUGGACCCCCUCAAUAUUUGUAGGCAGGCCAAGCCCCCCCCCCAAUGUUGAGGGGGUGGAGGAAGCCUCCCAAUGAUGUGUGUCUAGUCCUUGGGCUCCUCCCACCACCACCAUCCUGCCUACAAAUGCAUCUGGACCACCUCAAACUGCCGCUGCCUGCCGCCUAACCUGCACUGGAGGCCUUGCGGCAGAGACCUUGGCCUAGCUGCUGCAGUGGCUGUGGAGAGCCAGUGGAGGUAAGGUGGUGCAUGGGUGGUGGCGUUCAGGGCUGCAGUUGCAAGCAGGGGGCAGUGGUGUUGGGCUUCAUUGCGUACCCAUUGGUUUCACAUGUGUGAUGUCAUGAUGUCACGUUGCGCUUGCGUGCAAUGCUGGGCCCCUCCAAUCUGGGGCGCAAGUCAGUGCCUCUGAUUCCUGAAGAUACAGCAGAACGAGUAGUCGUGUCUUUUUGAUUAAUGGGCAAAGGCAUGUCAGAAUUUAUUUGUGUGCAAUUUGAAGUCUAAUGUUUCAUGAAACAUAGUGGUUUGUGUUUUUCUUAAAAUAGGUUGGUGGAGAAUGGAAGAGAAGCAAAUGAAGAAAGUAUUAGUGAACAAAGGAAAUGAGAACAGAGAGAAAAUUGACUUUGAUGGGGAAGAGAACAACACAUCAAACAGGUUUGUAGCUUCGCUUGAGUUUAAAAAAUGAAGACAAUUUUUUGACAAUGGUAAGUGCUGAGAUUUUGCUAUUUUACCCACAAUAUACCUUGGGAAUGAGUCCUGUUGGAUUAAGUGGAACUUACUUCCAAGUAAAUGUGUAUAGAUUGGAUUGCAAAACUCCAAGCAAGUAAAAAAAUCUUAGGAUUGAGCUCUAGGAACUGAAAGAUUAUUACAGUAGUCAACUUCUUAAGUGCUAGAAUGCUGUGAUUUUCAGCAAAAUCACUUUAAAGAUUAGCAAAUGCAUUGUGGCAUAUGCUUUCAUGGGCCUGGGCCCACUUUGUCACAUUCAUGUGAGUGUGUCAUAUAAUGUAUUCAUCAAAACUGGCACCACAUUUUAAAGCUUGGGGAGAGAUAGUGCUGUUUUAUUUCAAAACCUCAGUAUCAUCUUUGUGGUUGUGGCAAUGACGACUUCAGAAGUGGUUUGGUUGGGGCAGCAUUUUUCAUAACCAAUGAUGCAACUUUGGCCCAAAGAAUGCUAGAGGUAAUGUAUCUUAAUUCCUUUUUCUGUUGUAACUAUUCUUGCAUUCUGUUCCCUUCAGGAAGAUAUACCUAGAUUACAAUGCAACCACCCCUCUGGCUCCAGAGGUGAUUGAGACAGUUACAGAAGCCAUGCAUGAAGCAUGGGGCAAUCCGAGCAGCUCUUACACAGAAGGUGAGAGCAAGCCUGGAUGGAAACAUUCUAUGAAAGCAUCCAUCUCAUUUUUAUAUUCAUCUUGCCUUUUUAAAUUCAAGUUACUGCAUUGAAAUGGCCUUAAAGGAAUGUAUUACUGCAUGUGAUCCACUCUCCAGCACUCGCUGAAAUAAAUGCUCAUGCAAGGAACACAGAGCCAAAUCUGGCACUUAUUGUUACCAGAAAUAAUUAUUCUGUAUCAAAACAAUUAAACUCUUCCAGAAUUUGGGUGGACUUAAUAAUUUGUUUAUUUAUCACUUAUUACAUCCUGGAACUCAAGGUGGUAGUCUUCCCCUAAUGCCACCCUUUGGAGACUUCCCCCCACCUUGCCUUGAUAAUAAGAUAAAUGUGCCUUUGAUUUCACAGGUCGAAGGGCUAAAAAUAUUAUAGAUGGAGCCCGUGAAAGUCUGGCUAGAAUGGUAGGGGGACGACCCCAGGACAUCGUCUUCACUUCUGGUGGGACAGAGGUGAGAUAUGAGAUUCUGCUAGCACUGUUUUGACCUGGUAGUCAUUUAAGAGAUCAACCCAUAACAUGCUAGCUGUCUUUUUCCCCUAAAUGGAGUCUGACUUUAUUUGCUUCUCAUAGCAUUGGUGACUCCAUUCUUAAUUAGUGCCAAGUAAGACCCAGCAAACACCCAUCAGAUAAAAAGAAAGUCUAUCCCUCUUCUGUUGAAUGGCUCUAUCUUUUGUUUAAAACCUGCAAAGGAGCAUGUACAGUGGUGCCUCGCAAGACGAAAUUAAUCCGUUCCGCAAGAGUCUUCGUCUAGCGGUUUUUUCGUCUUGCGAAGCAAGCCCAUUGACGGAUUAGCGCUAUUAGCGCUAUCAGCUGUUUAGCGGCUAUUAAAGGCUUAAAGGCUUAGGGGAUUAGCUGCUAAAAGGCUAUUAAAGGCUAUUAAAGGCUUAGCAGAUUAGAUAAAGGGGGGGGAAAGCGAAAAAAAAAUCUCAAGACUCGCAAGACAUUUUCGUCUUGCGAAGCAAGCCCAUAGGGGAAUUCGUCCUGCGAAGCAACUUCAAAACGGAAAACCCUUUCGUCUAGCGGUUUUUCCGUCUUGCGAGGCAUUCGUCUUGCGGGGCACCACUGUAUUGCAAUUUGAUUCACUCACAUGGAGGUAAUGACUACAAAUCAGUCCUCUGCCUCUGAUCCUUCUGAACUAGUGUUUGGGUAAGAAAUUCAGCAUUGUCUACUCCAGAGGACUGCACUGGUAAAUCUGGAUAUUCAUAUGAACAUAUGAGAUGGGGAUUUGUAUCCCUCCUUUUUCCAUUCAGGCAAACAAUUUAGUGAUCCACACUGCAGUGAAGCAUUUUAAGGAAAGCAACAAGCAAAGUUCUGAUGGACCAAGAGAAGAUAAACAAAAGACUCUGGGGCUGUGUCCACAUUUAAUUACAUCUUGCAUUGAGCAUGACUCAGUCCGUCUCCCUGUGGAGCACCUAGUGAAAGAGCAUGAGGCUGGUGAGUAUACUGUAGUGGAUAGUCAGAGAUUGCUGAUAAAUUAUACACACUUGCCAGAUUCUGCUUAGGCAAAAGCUCUUUUUUUAGCAAUUUUAGUUUCUGAGUAGCAAAUACUACUUUUUUGGUAUUGUUGUUUAGUCGUCUUAGUCAUGUUCAACUCUCUAUGACCCCAUGAACCAGAGCAUGCCUUGGAAACUCUCACUUUCUUCUCAAAGCUUCUCCAUUUUUAUGUCCAUGGAGUUUUCUUGGCAAAAUACUGGAGUGGAUUGCCAGUUCCUUCUCCAGAUGGAUCACAUUUAGUCUAAACUCUCAGCUAUGACCUGUCCGUCUUGGGUGGCCCUGCACAGCAUAGCUCAGAGCUUCUUGGAGUUAUUCAAGUCCCUUCACCACAACAAGGCAGUGAUCCAUGAAGGGGUUUUGUUUGGUAUACUGUCUCUUUAUUGUUUCCUCCGAAUGUGAGCUGUCUAAAGCUGGCUCAGCAGUACUUUCACUGUGGUGCUAAUGUCCAGAAUUGGAGGCAGUUCUGAACCUUUAAUUCAAAUGCAUUUAUUUGCAUCAUUUCCUUUUCCUUUUCCUAUCCUUUCCUAUGGUAUCCUAUCCUAUCCUAUCCUAUCCUAUCCUAUCCUUCUUGCCUGUCAAAAAGUGACCAACACAUGGAGUCAGAGAUGGCAUUCCUAACCUGGCUGAUAAGUGGUCUUAUCACUGCGUAGGGAGGGAGGAAUAUAUAGCUUGUGUUCAAACGGUGCUAGGUUUAAUCUCUGGUGCUUCUCCAAUUGGGCAGGAUCAUGGCAGAACUCAGUAUGAGACUCAGAGCUCUUAGUGGGGGCUUUUGCAAACUGAAGAGACUUAAACAGCAUGCAGCAUUUCCUCCUCAUCUUCCUCCUCUCUUAUCUUCCAAGUAUCCAGCUGAGCUCCAGGAAAAUCCAUUUUUGCUCAGCUGCCUCUUUCAUUAAAUGCUGCUUCUAAGUCAAUAGCCACUUCCUCCCAAAUUCCCUUAUGACAGCCAUAUCUUAAUCUUUCAAGACUAAGGAGCGCUUGUCUGUUGCCUAGCAAUAGGUCUGCUAUUCCCUGUGACUUUCUCCACUGCUGCCAGAUCCAUAGUAAGUGCUGAUGAACGCACUGAGCUAUGGGAUCAACAUCUUUUUUUGCAUCCUGAUUUACAGAAGCCACUUUUUUACCCGUGUCCAAAGUGACAGGACAGGUGGAAGUAGAUGAAGUUGUUGCAGCCAUCCGUCCAACUACAUGUCUAGUUUCCAUUAUGCUGGCCAAUAAUGAAACUGGGGUUAUCAUGGUGAGUUGUGCCUUCAGUUCUUAUUACAUGUUUAAGGAUAUGAGGUUCAUAUAUGUGGUCAGAUGAUCCCAAGAGCCAAUGAGAGGGAGCUGAUGCUCCCCCAAAAUAUUUCCACUCUCCUUUCACUCCACCAACUUUCAAUCUCAGUAUACAGUAAGCCCCGCAACUCCUCCUGCCAACCUAGCAGUUCGAAAGCACGUCAAAGUGCAAGUAGAUAAAUAGGUGGGAAGGUCAACGGCGUUUCUGUGCGCUGCUCUGGUUCACCAGAAGCGGCUUAGUCAUGCUGGCCACAUGACCCGGAAGCUGUACGCCGGCUCCCUUGGCCAAUAAAGCGAGAUGAGCUCCGCAACCCCAGAGUCGGCUACGACUGGACCUAAUGGUCUGGGGUCCCUUUACCUUUUUAAGCCCCACAAUUUACACAGGUCUUUAAGUUCUGGGGAUAGUGCAUAAAGCCAAAAUCAUGUAUAGUCAAAACACACUGGAUGCAACGCCAGGUGGGAUUGCCGAAGUUUCCCCCCCAGAUGCCCGCUCCUCUUUCUGCCCGCCUUUUAAUUUUUUGUUUUUGCCAAGUGCCUAAAGCUGAAUGUGCACAUGUUAAAUGUACAUAAAUCACAGGUCUACUGUAUAGCAAAACCUUUAGUUCUACAAUUUUUGUCACCUCAUUGCUCACCCAAUCUAGUUUGGAAUUACAGGUUUUGCUCUCUGGAGACACAGAGACAUAGCCCUAUGCCGUGAACCAUGGUCUCCCUGUGUUGGGUUAUGUGUUCUGUGGAGUUUAUAUGUGGUGCCCUUUGUUUGGAUGCUGAGUUACACCAAAUGCUAUAUUCUACCUUGAUCACCAAGGCGGGGCAGUUGUACUACAUAACAACAAAGCCAUAUAAUACUAUCAAUAAAAGUUCAAAGGCAACCAUCAGCUUUCCAUGCAAGUAAUUCUGUGAAGGCAUCCUAUGCCAGCCAGUAGGGCAGUAGCAAAAGAGAGAGCCAGAACACUUGAGUUCCUGGUGAGAUGAUGCCUCCUGAUGGUUCUUUCUUCUAUCAGCCUGUCUCCGAACUCAGCCAACGGAUUCAAGCUCUCAAUCGGAAGAGAACGGCAUCUGGUCUGCCACGGAUCUUGGUACACACAGAUGCAGCACAGAUGAUUGGGAAAGGUCAAGUUGACGUGCAAGAUCUGGGAGUGGAUUACCUCACUAUUGUGGGGCACAAGGUAUGGUGCUUCUCUCUUCUGUCUACAAUGUAGUUUCUACAUGCAGGGUAAGAGAUGUCCAUGUAUCUAGGUCAUCUCCCAACAUGGUAAACCCAAUACCCAUUGAGCAGAGAGUUGCUGUCAGCCCAUAGAGUCAUCCUUUAUUGUUGAUAAAACAUUUAGAGACAAAAAUAAGAAAGAACAUCCCAGGGCUCCCUGAACACCAGCCAUCAUUCUGAGAACCAGACAGUGACCAUAAUCCAGAGGUGCUUUGUAUGACAGGAAGCUGGCAGUAAAAACGUUUGGUGUUCAUGAAUGGUUCUCUCACUCACGGUUCUCAUUGUGCAGGAUUGCAGACUUAACUCUAUUAGGGCUAAAAGUGUUUUUCUUAUGUUGUUUAAUAAAUGUGUCUAAUGCUAUCUACAUCCUGAUUUCCAAAACUUUUUUUUUCAUUUGAAAGUUUUUCCUUCUUUCCUUACUCUCAUAAAAACAGUGCACAAUAUGUACACACAAAGAAUAUACAAAGAGGCCAUCUCACUUUGGCCUUUUGUUAACUUUGGGGAGUCCAUGUGCUAGAGCAGCAGUUCGUCAGGGUUUUUUAAAAAUGAGAACCAUUGUUGAUUUGCUUGCUGCUGACAAUUGUAUUUUGCUACAGCUGCCAUUCAGGUUGUCAUAUGGUGACUGUAAUGUAAACUCUGCCCUGAACAGUAUCUUGGCCCUCUUCUCUGCAGCCCAUGCAUCUGGCAUGGUUGCACAGGAAUGCAGAAAGUGUUGUUUAAAUUGUCUUUUAUUUUCAUCGUGAACUCUUGGAACACCUAAAAACAUAGUGGACAGUCUAACUCGCUCCUUAGGAUGCAAUGCAACUAAACAGCUUCUCCACCAGAUGGCAAUCUGGGAACAAUGUUGAGUGAAUUUGUCCACAUUUUCACAUUGCGCAGGAGAGCAUGACACACAGCAGGAGAUGUCCAGUGUGUCAGCAUCACUUUCCAUUACAGUAUUCAAAAACAGCUUUUCAUUUUUUUAUUUAUUUUGCCAGUAGCCAAGUAAUGAUUCAAGUUAAUCUCCAGGCGUAAUUAGUUUAAUACCUGUGGCAUCUGGGAACAUGUUUGUCAUGUAUUUUUUGAAGCACACAAAUGCCUGUCAAGUGAUACAGAACAGGGGGAGAAAACACAGGAAACUCUUCUGUUAUGUGUGAAAUAGCACUGAGGUAGUCUAGGGGGAGGGGUAGCAGUGAGCGUAGGAUUCACCCAUAUUUCUCUCCCACGGGCAACCAUGAUUUCCCCAAGGAUUAAUGUUUGCUUCUCUGAUCUUGUCAGCCUUACUUCUGUGUGGUCAAAGCACCUCAGUUUCCUGUUGGACACACCUCUUAGUUCUUGUCUGGAGGCAUUAGCUUUGUGAUUUAUCAUUGCAGUUCUAUGCCCCACGUAUUGGAGCGCUGUAUGUGCGAGGCCCUGGUGUCACCACUCCUCUCCAUCCCAUGCUGUUUGGAGGUGGGCAGGAACGGAACUUCCGCCCUGGGUAAGAAGGAUGAGGGCACAGAGGGAGCCAGUUAAUCCGGGGAGAGACCCAAGUAAGGUGGGGACCUCUCUUAGUUGUGGGAGCAAUAUGUGGUUAGCCCAUGUUCCUCUUCUUCACGCGGGUGAGGGGCUGUGAGAGAAGACACCAAGCAGUUUUUUUUGAAGAUAGUUUUCUUUGAGACUCCAAGGAUGCAUAGAUUAGUGAGUGAAAGGCUCAGCUUUUGAAAACCUUUCCCUUUCGUAUCAUGUUUCUCAUUUGGCAAAGUGUGAAGAGUUCCAGGAUAAGCUGCUGGGAAAUGCAGCGUAGGGUUUACGUCAUGGGCUGUGGCUGAGUGCUAGCGCGCACACACUUUGCCUGCAAAAAGAUUCUAGGUUCAAUCCCCAACAUCUCCAGGUAGGGUUGGGAAAGACCACAGCCUGAAACCUUGGAAUGCUACCUCUGGUCAGUAAUACUGAGCUCAAUGGGCCAGUGGUCUGACUUUGUAUAAGGCAUCACCUGAGCUUCCUAAGUCACAUUCAGAUAACAAGAAAGACCAGAUCUCCUCCCCGCACAACUGAGUAACUCUGGAGCAGUUGCUCCUAUCACACAGUAGCGCCAUUUUCAGUCCCUGCAUUAUGUUAGUUACCCAAGUAGAUAUAGCCCCUGUGCUUGUGUCACUUUUAUUAUGCUUUAGGAAUAAAUACACACUGCACUUCUCUGUUCUAGGACUGAGAAUACACCAAUGAUUGCUGGCCUUGGCAAGGUAAGCUCAGAAGUGAUGAGGGAUAAAAAUGACAGUUAUGGAUUCAACAUGAGAUGCUGUCCUGGUAGCAAGGCUCAGAUUUCAACCCAGCAUCCUCCUUACAAAAAUUUAAAGGCAGAAGAUUUCCCUGGGUUUGCUUAUCUGUGCUGAUGCUUCUCUUCCCCCACACCCUACGGCUCUCGUGCCAGAGGUGGAGUUGCUAUUUGACCCAUGGAGCAAAAGUUCUAAAUCUGUGCACAGUGGGACACUGAUAGGAGACAAGGAUGCUUACAAAUGCUUUACUGUAAACUCCGGUUGUUUCCCAUCAUUGUGAGGAUCUGGUUACUGAGGACUUGUUGAAAUACUAGAGGUUGUUCUAGGCAUAUUUUUCAGAGCAAAGAGCUAAUCUUUACAGUUUUCCCUGUGGCUCUAUGUGAAUAGCAUGCCAGAACAAGAAAGGUACAUCAAGUUGGCCUAUAUAUACACACUGGGGUGGGGUGAGGGGAAAGUGUUCUCAAUAACUCAACACCCAGGCACUCUUUUAGGGUCUGUUGGAGAAUAUGUCCAGAUUUUCUCUAGUAGCCCUCUUCACGUGCUGCUCUCACAAAGGGACAACAUAGAUACCAGGAGCUGUGGAUCAGCAUCUUUAGCCCCAUGUCCAAGGUUGUGUAGCUCCUCCCAACUCCUGCUAUUGCCUUUUUGGCCAAAUGCCUCCCCCCCCAAGUAGUAAACAGUGUAUUAAAACAAAAUGCACCAUAGAGGAAUAGGUUUUAAAGCAGGGAGCCUUUACUAUCUGUGUAGGCUGCCAAUGCAAUUUAGAACCCUGGUAGAUCAGGUGAGUAAACAUAUGAAGAGAGCUUAUGUCACUGAGAUUGCAGGUAUAUACUUAUAUGAUUAAUGGGUUUUCUUUUAGUUGAUUGAGAGUGGUGGGUACCUUGCAGGUGUGCUCUAGAGAGAGAGGCUUGUGCAAAAUUGUGCCAUGUAGACUUUCCUUGGUCUCCAACAAAUCACUGUCAGACCAAAGGAAUCACAUUAUGAAUAGGCACAAAAGGUGGUUCCAUUCAGAUUGCCUACCCAUUUCAGUACUGCAUCAAAUUUCCUGAUCUAUAUUCACCUGUCUGGAUGGGGACAUUCUAUGGGAUUCAUCAUUCCCUUCAUGGUUCUGUCUCUUGUUGUAGCCAAUGAGAAACAUGGUAUGCUGAUUGUUUUCCUUUGCAGGCAGCAGACUUGGUGAGCAGGCAUUGUGAGGUUUAUGAAGCUCACAUGAGGAAGGUCCGGGAUUACCUGGAAGAGAGACUUGAAGUGAGUUCUCUGGGUGCCUGUUUUCCGGUUUCACCUGCAACCUUUGCAUAGGGAAGGGAGGAUUGACCCCGUUUGUAGAUAGAAUUGCAUGGCACUUUCUUCUUGCUGCCUUCCUUUGUACGAACGCUAAGCUGGGGGAUGGUGAAGUGAGGGCAAUCAUUAACAAACAUUUAUUGAAAGUGUUAUUUUUGCACAUUUUAGGCCGUGUUUGAAGAGCAAGGAGUUUAUUUUAACUGCAGGCUGAAAGGCUCAAGGAGACUGUGCAACACCUGUAACUUUUCUGUCAUGGGCUCAGGACUAAAAGGUAUCCCCUAUGGCUCUAAAUUUUCACCAUUCCUAUAUGGCUGCUGUCAGUCUACUUUAGGUGUUGUUGGGGGGGGUUUUGCCUACAGCUUCCACGGUGAUCAACACAUGUGUUAAUCCUGUCUAUAGAUCUCAAGACUGCAUUGCUCUUAAGAUAGUUUCAGAGCAGAUGAAGACCAGACUGCUGCUGUGUGAGGGAGAGUGGGGAGAUGCUAAAAUAUGGUAUUGGAAAUUGGUUUUCUAAUUUCUCAAAGAAAUUACAAAUUGUGAAAUUUUGCAAAUACAGUGGUACCUCAGAUUACAUACGCUUCAGGUUACAUACGCUUUAGGUUACAGACUCUGCUAACCCAGAAAUAGUACCUCAGGUUAAGAACUUUGCUUCAGGAUGAGAACAGAAAUCAUGCAGCGGUGGUGCAGCGGCAGUAGGAGGCCCCAUUAGCUAAAGUGGUGCUUCAGGUUAAGAACAGUUUCAGGUUAAGAACAGACCUCCAGAACGAAUUAAGUUCUUAACCUGAGGUAUAACUGUACAGUGGAACCUUGGGUUACGUACUGUCCCCCUUACAAACGCUUUGGGUAAUGAGCUCAGCUAACCUGGAAAUACAGUGGUACCUCUGGUUAUGAACUUAAUUCGUUCCGAAGGUCCAUUCUUAACCUAAAACCAUUCUUAACCUGAGGUACCACUUUAGCUAAUGGGGCCUCCCACUGCCGCUGCGCCACCGCCGCACGAUGUCUCUUCUCAUCCUGGGGCAAACUUCUUAACCCGAGGUACUACUUCCUGGUUAGCGGAGUCUGUAACCCGAAGUGUUUGUAACCCGAGGUACUACUGUAGAUACUCCUGGUAACAAACUUUGCCCUGGGAUGUGAGCGGAGGUUGCGUGGCGGCAGCAGCAGGAGGCCCCAUUAGCGAAAGCAUGCCUCAGGUUAAGAACAGUUUCAUGUUAAGAACGGACCUCCAGAACGAAUUAAGUUCGUAACUGGAGGUACCACUGUAAACAAAGUACAGUGGUACCUCGCAAGACGAAUGCCUCGCAAGACGAAAAACACGCAAGACGAAAGAGUUUUCCGUUUUUUGAGUCGUUCCGCAAGACGAAUUUCCCUAUGGGCUUGCUUCGCAAGACGAAACGUCUUGCGAGUUUGUUUCCUUUUUCUUAAAGCCGUUAAGCCGUUAAUAGCCGCUAAGCCGCUAAUAGCCGUGCUUCGCAAGACGAAAAAACCGCAAGACGAAGAGACUCGUGGAACGGAUUAAUUUCGUCUUGCGAGGCACCACUGUAAAUGAGUUUUAAGCUUCGGCUUUUUAUAAUUUCAGCAUGAAUUUCAUAUUUAUCUCAGGAGGGAUUCUAAUUGUAAAACCCACAUCCUGAUUUUAUCUGUUAAACCUUUUCGUCAUUAAAACCCUACUUUGCCUGUUCAGAUUUGCAUUUGACAAUUUUAUAUGUAUGAUGUGCAUUAACUUUUGCAUUUGUUUAUUCCCCCCCCCCCCCCAGCUUUAGUGAGAAGCCAGUUCUAGCAAAAGUGUAGGUGGGAUAAGCACUGAAUGGAGUGAGGGGAGGUUGAAAACUGAUUCUAUGGGUUCCUUCCUCCACCAGGUCCUUGGGUAUUUCAUGGCACUCCUGUGUCUUGUAUUUUCUGCAGGUCGGCUGGUGCUGUCUCACUGUAGGACUUUGCUUGCCAGUGUUGGUGCUGCAUGCCACUCCGAGAAGGGUGACCGGUAAGGAACCAUGUUGGGAAACUGGGCAUUCUGUGGUUGAGGGGACAGAUCCAUCCGAUGUAGAAAAGUGAAAGCAAAGGGUGCAGCACCUGUAAUCACCCACCUCCUCAGGGAACUCUACUUCUUAAUGGUAGUAAUAGAGUGUGUGUAUGUGUGACAAUAGUAGGAUUUACCCAACCUGCCCUGUCAGCAGCAGCCCUGCACAAGGACUUGCACUUGCACAAUGAAACUUUACCAUCUCCCACUGUGUGCCCCAAAAGUGGCUCAGGGAGGGGAGUCAGGAGAACCCCACAACAGUGGGUGGAGAUGGUGGGAUCGUUUCAUCUGGCAAGCUGAAAUGCUUGUGCAGGCAGAAUGAUUGGAAGAGCACAAUGUUGAAUUCCACCCUAUGACAGUAACACCAGCCCUUACAUCUUACAGUCUUCCCUCCCCCCCCAAAGAUGUACAAAAGGAACGUUUUCCAUUUUCAAACGUGAAAUCCUCCUGCUUUAGGAGAAGACUGCCAGAGGCAUGUGACACCGCCUCCCACAAUCUCUCACACUGCAUCCAGACCAUGCCAUUUGUCCCGGACAAUGGGCAGACUAAUCCUGUCCCUCCACUUAGCUGUGUGAACUGGCUUCUUCUGGCUUUAAAGAGCUACUGGUCCAGGACUAAGAAGUGGAAGGGGUUGUAUAGUUGCCACAGUGCCAGUCCCACUUUUUCCCCAGGUGGUAAGGGCAGCACAGAAAAGGGUGCUAGCAGUAGGGGGUUACUGAGAUAGUGUUGCAGACUGUUGCCGCUGAUUCAGGAGCUGAGCUUAUUAUGGAAGCUGGUCAAUCUGCUUUAAGUUCAUAAGCUGGUUAAUGUAUUUGUAUCUUAGUGGAAAGUGUUUUCUUUGCACUUUUGUACAAGCCAACAUUUGCAUAAGCUGUGGCCUUUCUACCUUGGCAUCCACUCUUUUGGAACUCACAGGGGAUGGUUCCAGCUGGGCAGGGAAGUAGGUGAUCAGCUAAGUGCCUAGGAUUAGGAUAUCAUCAAGUGGUUUUCCUUUGAAUAGAGAGAGCAGUGUAGUGUGACAGAUCAUGUGUCUGAGCAGCAACUUGCUCCCCUGCUGUUGUGCGCUGCUUUUUUCAAAUACUGGAGAGAGCUGUGGAAACCUAAGUGCCUUGUAUUGUAUUUCUUUCAUCUAAAGAUUUUCCUAGAAUGCUUGUGGUUCAAUUUUAUGUCUGAGACCUGCAAAAUCAUAUGAGCAUAUUGGUAUGACAAGCCUUGUUUCCCAAUUGAUUAGCUACAUAAUGCUGGAGCCAAAUCUGAGAACAGAAUGUGCUAGAAUUGAGGCUUUUGCUCACAUACCUGCUCCAGAGAUAAUACAUUUCACUUCCAUGUUUCCACAUGGAUGCGCAUAGGAUCACGUUCAAAAGCAGGUUCCUGAAUAGCAAGUGUGAAGGGCCAAACAAAAUUCAGAUGCCAUUCACACAAGUAACAACUGCAGGACUGGCACCCUGUUAUUGGGGGAGAGAACUGAACCACUCCUCCCCUGCCAUGGUGGUCCCAAUCUGGAAGGGGCUGCCUGUGCCUACUAUAUGCAUGGGGGGAAAGCUUCCACUGGAGAGGACAGAAACAUUUCCCCCCAAUGUGAUUAACAGGGGCAGGGGUCCACAGCAGGGUCAAAGCUCCCUUACAGUACCUCCAUGCCAGGGUCCCCAUCCAGCUCUUAUUGCUAACACUAGAUGGUGUUGCAUCUAGUUUGGGCUUAAGUCAGAUUUAUUUGUUUGUUUUUUACAUUUCUUUCUCAUUCUUUGAUGAGUUCAGAGCAGCACACACAGUUCUUUGACUCUCUUUUGACACCAAACCUGUGAGGAGGUUAGCUAGUCAGUAGCUCAAGGUCAGUUAAUUAUGUUUGAGCUGGGACCUAGGCUCUCCCCAGUUGUAAUCUGACACUUUAACCACUCUACAUACCAGUAGAUGGGGAACCUUUUUUAGCCACAUUCCCUCCUGGGCAAUAUUUCAGAGGCUGCCUGCAAGAAAAAAGUGUUGCCUAUCAUUUAAAACCAACACUGCAGUGGAUCUGCACCUAAGCUGGGGUGACUGCAGCAUUCUUAGGAAGAACAGUGAUGUGAAUGUGCUCUACAGAGGCAGAGUUCUUUGCGGCUCAUAUUGGAAACUAAUGAGACUUAGAAAUAAGUAUAGGACUGCAUAAUUUUUGUUUCCUUCCUCUGUUCACUUCUUGGAACCACUGUAGGGAAUUUUAGGGGGUUAAACUUGACUUACUUUAUCUUUGUUCACCAGGCCAUCCGCUAUCCUGCUUAGCUGCGGAAUUCCUUAUGAUGUGGCACAGAACGCCUUGCGUCUCAGUGUGGGUCGUGCUACCAGCAAGGAGGAUGUGGACCUAAUUGUGGAAGAUCUGAAGCAGGCUGUGGCUCAGCUACAAUAGGCCAGAUUUUCAGUCACCUAGUGAGACAGUUUUGCCCUCUAAAACCAGGAAUUGAGCUUACCUGACCCUAAUUUCCCAUUGCUCUAGGUGCUACUUACAUUUAACAGAAUGAGGCUAGAUAACAUUCUAGUCAGCUUCUGGCCACUGAAUUCUUGUUGAAUAAUCUCUAGUGAUUCCCCAGCCCUUGAAUACAGCAGGCCAGAAAUCAGUGCUCCCUGAAUGUAGUCACGAUGCCGAGCAGGCUCUGCCAGCAGUUUUUACUCAUUGAAGUGGGUAAACAUUUCUAGUUGGAUGUUUAGCUCUAUGAUUGAGGUUUUUGUGUGGGUUCAGGAAAGAAGCCUAAAUAUUAUGGUUUGAAUGGACAGGUGAAUCCCAAAAUAUUGAAAAAUUGGGAGCUUGCCUUGGUACCUGGAAACGGCCACUCUUUUGAUGCCACCCUUCUGGGGUAUUCCUUACUGGGAAUGAAAAGCAAUUGCCCUCCAUAUAGGCACUGAAGGAAUAUGAAUAUUUCUUCUUGCUGCAGCAGCAGGUUGUAGCUGCUAUAGUAUUGCACUGUGUUUAGCAUUGAGAUGUGCAGUGGGACUAGAAUGUGCAUUCUUCUAGAGCUGAAGAGGAGAGAGAGAAAGAAAGAGAAAGAGAGAAACCUUCAUUUCACAUUGCUGUGUUUUGUGUUAUGUGUUAUGAAGGCUGCAUAGAACCUCUCUAACCUAGGGCUUCUCCACACUUCCAUUGUCCUGCUGCUUUUUCUAGAGAAAACUGCUCUUUAGCGCUCAAUCAGAGCAAAUGGCAAUUUGGGUUUUUCCCGGAUUGCUAUUUGUUCUGAUUUGUUGCUAAAGAGCGAGUUUUCCCUUGCAAAGGAGUGGGUGAAGCAGAAAACCACUCAGAAGUCAUACUUUCUAGGCACUGCACAAGUAGAAGUGUGGAUGAUCUCCUAGUGUUAAAGGGCUAUUUAAGUUAUGAAAAGAAUCCUACUGGAAAUGCUGAUGGUGGGGGAUUUGAACCAGGAAUUGUUACUGCUGCUAUCUGCCCUGGUUGCCAAGAGGAGGAAAUCAAUCAUAGCUGUCAUCUCACAUAGCUCUUGCAACAACAGAUCCUGGUUGUAGCUGUUGCUGCUGGUUUACCCUAAAUGGAGAAAUACUCUAACAAUGGGGCAGGUGAUGUCAAGAGAGCCAGCAUAGCAAUCAUUUUCCAUCAGCAAAUGGUAGACAACUGCAUGCUGGUUCUCUUGUCAUUGCCUGCCCAGCUGGCUUGCAUCUUGAUGAAGCCAACAGCAAAGAUCUGACUGGCAAUGGUUUUCUUUCCCAUAAGAACAGGUGGUGGUGAGAAUUCUGCCUUUCCAGGCAGUUCUCUUCUGCAGCUUUUUGUCUUGCCUACAAGGCAUUCUGAAUACCCUGAUCUUCCUUGUCAGGAUGCAUGGCAGGGGUUGCUCUUACAGUGAGUUUCCCCCUGCAGGGAAGGAAAGGUACUACAUGGACCCACUGCUAUAACUGCUUACCUUGUCUGUGAGAAGGAGGCACCUAUAUGCAAGAAUAUCAUGGGGGAUUUUGUCCUUUUAUAUAUAGAGAGAAAGUUACAAGCCUGGUGAAUCAAGGGGAUGCUGUGGAUGUAGUGUAGCUUGAUUUCACUAAGACUUUCAACAAAGUCCCCCAUGAGAUUCUUACGGAGAAGCUGCUAAAAUGUGGGCUGGACAAGGUUAUUGUUAUAUGGAUUUGUAGCUCCCAAACCCAAAGAGUGUUCAGUAAUGGUUCCUUAUCAUCCUGGAAAAAAGUGACAAGCCAGGUGCCACCGAGUUCUGUCCUGGGCCCUGUUACUGUUCAACAUCUUUAGAAACGAAUUGCAUGAAGGAAUUGAGAGGGUGACAGUCAAAUUUGCAGAAGACACUAAACUUGGAGAGGUACCUAAUGCUGCAAAACACAAAACUGGGAUUCAAGAUGACCUUGACAGAUUAGAGAUUUGGCCCAAGCUAACAAAAUUUCAAUAGGGAGUUGGGCUAGAUGACGUUAAGAAUCCCUUCCAACUCUAUAAUCCUAUGAAAUGUAAGGUUUUGCACUUUGGCAGGAAUGGGGGACACCUGGCUUGCCAGUAGUAGUUGUGAAAAUGAUCUAGGGGUCUUAGUAGAUCACAAGCUUAACAUUAAUCAACAGGGUUUUGACAAGCUAGAACAUGUGCAGAAGAGGAACUGUUGAGGGAGUUGAGUACGUUUAGCCUGGAAAAGAGGAGAAUGAGAGGAGAUAUGGUAGCCAUUUUCAAAUACCUAAAGGUCUGCCACCUUGACCUGUGCAGCCUUUUCUAGUUGCCACUGCAGGCACUGUGUUUGGUAGAAUGGAGAGUGAGGGGAAGGAUGAAGGUUAUGCCUUCACUUGUAUAAGCAAGUUUGCACAUUAAGCUACCAUAGUCCAUCUCUGUGCUAAACACUGUGAUGCAUGGUGCUCUCCUUUUCUAGCAUGAAAGAGCCAGAACUUUUGUUACAAAGGAGGGAACUGGAGAAGGGGGUGGGGCAAGGACAGAAGAGUGGCAAGGCAAGCAGAGUUCAGAUUCUCCCUCCUUUUGGUUAGCACCUUCAGAUCUUAUCUGGGGUCCCUGGAUUGCUGCAGAAUUGAUAGGUAUUAUAAAAUAGUAAUUUAGUCAGGAUAGAUUGUAUACCCCAUAGUGCUAAGGUAAAUAUUCUGUUGGUGCAAUAAUUUCUCCUUGCGCAGCAGAACAUUCUCCCCCUGUGUACCACUGAAUCUGUUAUGGGGGUUCACCCAACCCUCUGGAGCAGAUUUGGAGGGGAGGCACAGGGAGGAGAGGGAUGGGGUCCCAUUGCACUAAUUCAACUAUUUACCUGAAUACUGUCCUAUAUUAUUUUGUUUGGGGGCAGGAGAAGGGACUAAUACAUAUAUAUUCAAAGUCCCAGGUGAGGCACAUAGGUAGGCUGGGUAUAUUAUCAGAGACAAUUGUUAGCACCAGAAGCAAAUUCCCACAUGCAGUUCCUCAGUUUUGUGCAUGGGAAGCUAGUAGGUCUAAUCCUACAGGAAUAGGAACGAUUUUACUCAACUCAGGGAGACAGGAACCAUUGUAUUUCCUUAGACUGACUGCCCUCAAAUAGGGUACUAAUAUUUGUUUCCUGUAAAAAGAGUUCAGAGAAUUUAGAGAAAAUAAGAAUUUUGCCUAGCAUCCUCUUUCCCAGUAAAUGGUGCCUAAUGCUUUUAGGGGAUUUGUCACAUCUGUAGGAACAAAUGCUUUAUUUUUUAACUGGUUAGCCUUUUCCUUUGUUUUCCUGGCACGUAAGCUGAUUUUGUAGAUCUGUGUCUUUUGUUUGUAUCCAUGAGAAGAAGACCCCAAGGACUAGUUUUCAGUUAACGGUCAUAGGAAAACAUCAGACCUGCUGUGAAGAAUGUCUUGCUGGCCCUAUUGAUGGGGAAACACUGAUAAAAUGAAACUUGCUGGAUUGGGGAGGACAGCCAGGCACAAAUAUAUGGGGGAAAAAUGUCCGUCUGGAAAUGUUAUGUGUUAUGCUAUAUUAUGUGUAUUUCUUGAAAGCUUUUGAGUUUCAGAACCAUUGUGGAAGGAAUUCAAAGAAAGCAAUUAAGUAGGGCCCAGAAUAGACUCACGUCUAUUUCAACUUAUUUUGCAACACAGAUACAGCCAUGCCAGCUGAUAAUAGGGAUAAGAAGACAAGAUCAAGGGUUGGUUUCACGAUUCUGUGGCUCUUUAUGAAUGUGAAAUCGCAAGCUAUUUGCUGACCUAUCAAAAUGUUAAUCUGGUAUGCUGCUGUCUGUAGCCUUGUUCUGUGGAGCCAAGGUGGGUAACACUGUAAAACAGAUAUUAACUUAAAGUCUAAAAUACAUUAAAAUGUGAUAAGUU